GCGCCACUGCAGGCUGGUGGAUGGGGGCUCCUUCCGGCCUCCUCCUCGGGCCGGCACCGGUAGAAGCCCGGCUAGCGCUGAGCCCUAAGCGACUGACCUGUGACCCCGGAAGUGGACCUCAGGGUCCCGGGAGGUCUCCCCGGUCCGGAGCCAAGGGAGCCGUCGUCCAGCACUCCGGGAGCACACCCCACGCCCACCUCUGGAUGCCACCGAAGAGUGUCCGGCCCGUGCCCCGCGCCUGCCUGCCGGCUCAGCCUCGCGGUGUAGUUCUGGGCCAGGGGUGGGGGCCCGGACCCCGCCCCUGAUGCGGCCCCCCCCCCGCGCCCGGGCCUCGCACUGCUGACUGCCCCAGCCGGCCCCGCCCCCUGCCCGCACCCUAGCCUGGCGGAUCCCCUCCCUCCCCCGCUGGGGGAGGCCAUGGCGUGAGCUUAAGGCUAGGCCCCGGGGCCCUCGGGCGCCAGACGGGGCAUGGGCCGAAGGCCGCCCCCAUGAGGGUCCCGGGAGGGGGGCGCGCGCAGCAGCGGCGGGGCCAUGGGGUCGCAGGUGUUGCAGAUCCUGCGCCAGGGGGUGUGGGCCUCGCUCACUGGCGGUUGGUUCUUCGACCCGCACCAGAGUACUUUCUCCAACUGCUUCCACCUCUAUGUCUGGAUCUUCCUGCUCAUCUUCCCCUUCUUGCUGUACAUGGUCCUGCCCCCCAGCUUGGUGGUGGCUGGUGUGUACUGCUUUGUGGUGGCUGUCAUUUUUGCUGCCAUCAAAACUGUGAACUAUCGGUUACAUGCCAUGUUCGACCAGGGCGAGAUUGUAGAGAAGCGCAACUCUACCAUGGGAGAUCUGGAGGAAGAGCCUGCCCAGGGGGACAACAAUCCACCCAGGGACCCUGGAGUGGAGAUGACAGUGUUUCGGAAAGUGAGUUCCACACCCCCAGUGCGCUGUAGUUCCCAGCAUUCCGUGUUUGGCUUCAACCAGGUCUCGGAGUUGCUGCCCCGGAUGGAGGACUCUGGGCCUCUCAGAGACAUCAAGGAGCUGGUACGAGAGCAGGGCAGCAACAAUGUGAUUGUGACCUCAGCCGAUCGAGAGAUGCUGAAGCUCAGCUCACAGGAGAAACUGAUUGGAGACCUUCCCCAGACGCCCCCGGGGGCAGCCCCAGAUCCCUCUCUCCCCAGCACAGACUCUUCAGAGCGUUCUCCCCUGGCUGGAGAUGGAGCUCCCUGGAGCGGGAGCAGUGUGACUGACACACCCAUGAGCCCUUUACUAAAGGGGAGCCUCAGUCAAGAGCUGAGCAAGAGCUUCCUAACCCUGACCCGGCCUGACCGGGCCCUGGUGAGGACCAGUAGUCGACGGGAACAAUGCCGGGGAACAGGUGGCUACCAGCCUCUGGACCGACGGGGCUCAGGUGAGCCUAUGCCCCAGAAGACUGGUUCUUCAGAUUCCUGCUUUAGCGGCACUGACAGGGAGACAUUGAGCAGCUUUAAAAGUGAGAAGACUAACUCAACCCACUUGGACAGCCCCCCUGGGGGGCAAGCCCCUGAGGGCAGUGACACAGACCCACCCUCUGAGGCUGAGCUGCCUGCCUCACCAGAUGCUGGGGUCCCCUCAGAUGAUACACUGCGUUCCUUUGAUACAGUCAUUGGAGCAGGGACACCACCGGGCCCAGCUGAACCUCUCCUUGUUGUGCGACCCAAGGACUUGGCCCUUUUGCGGCCUAGCAAACGGCGACCACCCAUGCAAAGACACUCUCCACCUGGCCGUACCCCUGGACGGCCCCUGCUUGAGGGUGGGGGCUUCUUUGAGGAUGAAGACACCAGUGAAGGCAGUGAAUUGAGCCCAGCCUCUAGUCUACGAUCUCAACGCCGCUAUAGUACUGACAGCUCCUCUUCUACUUCUUGCUACUCCCCUGAGAGCUCCCGGGGUGCAGCAGGGGGGCCCCGGAAACGGCGGGCCCCCCAUGGGGCUGAGGAGGGGACUGGUGUGCCCCCCAAGCGACCCUAUGGGACCCAGCGGACACCCAGUACUGCCAGCGCUAAAACACAUGCCCGUGUGCUCAGCAUGGAUGGGGCAGGAGGUGAUGUCCUGAGGGCCCCCCUGGCUGGCUCCAAGGCUGAGCUAGAGGCCCAGGUGGGGAUAGAGCUGGCUGCCGGUGAGGCUGCAGUGCUGCUGCCUGCUGAGGCCCAUAGGGGACCUGCUGCCAACCAGCCCGGCUGGCGGGGGGAGCUGCAGGAGGAAGGUGCUGUAGGGGGAGCAGCUGAAGAGACCAGCAGACGGGACCGUUCAAGCAGUGUGAGGCGGACCCAGGCCAUUCGGAGGCGCCACAAUGCAGGCAGCAACCCCACUCCUCCAGCCUCUGUCAUGGGCUCACCGCCCAGCAGCCUGCAGGAGGCUCAGCGGGGCCGGGCUGCCUCCCACUCGCGGGCACUGACACUGCCCUCUGCCCUGCACUUCGCCUCUUCGCUGCUGCUCACCAGGGCGGGCACUAAUGUGCACGAAGCUUGCACUUUUGAUGACACUUCUGAUGGUGCUGUGCAUUAUUUCUAUGAUGAGAGUGGUGUGCGGCGUUCCUAUACCUUUGGCAUGGCUGGAGGUGGCUACGAGAACCCCAUAGGGCAGCAGGGAGAUCAGGCAGCCAACGGAGCCUGGGACCGCCACUCACAUUCCUCCAGCUUCCACUCAGCUGAUGUCCCUGAGGCGACAGGUGGCCUGAACCUGCUGCAGCCGAGGCCUGUGGUUCUGCAGGGCAUGCAGGUGCGCCGGGUGCCCCUGGAAAUCCCAGAGUUUGACCUGCUGGACCAGGACUCCCUGCACGAAUCCCAGGAGCAGACACUGAUGGAGGAGGCACAGCCCCGGGCCCAGCAUAGUUACAAGUACUGGCUUCUCCCUGGCCGCUGGACCUCUGUGCGCUAUGAGCGGCUCGCCCUGCUGGCCCUGCUGGACCGGACAAGAGGGGUGGUGGAGAAUGUCUUCGGCGUCGGACUGAGCAGCCUUGUUGCCUUUCUGGGCUACCUACUGCUGCUCAAGGGCUUCUUCACCGACAUCUGGGUCUUCCAGUUCUGCAUGGUCAUCGCCUCCUGCCAGUAUUCCCUGCUGAAGAGUGUCCAGCCUGAUGCGGCAUCUCCCAUGCAUGGCCACAAUUGGGUGAUUGCAUACAGCCGGCCUGUCUACUUCUGCAUCUGCUGUCUGCUCAUCUGGCUGCUGGAUGCCCUGGGCUCAGCUCAGCCCUUCCCACCUGUCUCCCUCUAUGGCCUCACACUCUUCUCCGCCUCCUUCUUCUUCUGUGCCCGAGACGUGGCCACUGUGUUCACCUUAUGCUUCCCCUUCGUCUUCCUCCUGGGCCUCCUGCCCCAGGUCAAUACCUGUCUCAUGUACCUGCUAGAACAGAUAGAUAUGCACGGCUUCGGGGGCACAGCCGCCACCAGCCCACUCACCGCAGUCUUCAGCCUCUGCCGCAGCCUGCUGGCUGCUGCCCUGCUCUAUGGUUUCUGCCUUGGGGCCAUCAAGACUCCUUGGCCAGAGCAGCACGUCCCUGUUCUCUUCUCAGUCUUCUGUGGCCUCCUGGUGGCACUGUCUUACCACCUGAGCCGGCAGAGCAGUGACCCCACUGUGCUCUGGUCUCUGAUGCGGAGCAAGCUCUUCCCUGAGCUAGAGGAGCGGAGCUUAGAGACAGCCCGAGCUGAUCCCCCAGACCCCCUGCCAGAGAAGAUGCGCCAGUCGGUGCGUGAGAUUCUGCAUUCAGAUCUGGUGAUGUGUGUGGUGAUCGCUGUGCUCACCUUUGCCAUCAGCGCCAGCACUGUCUUCAUCGCACUAAAGUCGGUUUUGGGCUUUGUGUUGUACGCACUGGCUGGGGCUGUGGGCUUCUUCACGCAUUACUUGCUGCCACAACUCCGCAAACAGCUGCCCUGGUUCUGCUUGUCACAGCCUGUGCUGAAGCCACUAGAGUACAGCCAGUAUGAAGUGCGAGGUGCUGCCCAGGUGAUGUGGUUUGAGAAGCUGUAUGCCGGCCUGCAGUGUGUUGAGAAGUACUUUAUCUACCCUGCUGUGGUGCUCAACGCCCUCACAGUAGAUGCCCAUACUGUCGUCAGCCACCCAGACAAGUUCUGCCUCUACUGCCGGGCACUUCUGAUGACUGUGGCUGGACUGAAGCUUCUGCGCUCCGCCUUCUGCUGCCCACCCCAGCAGUACUUGACUUUGGCCUUCACCGUCCUGCUCUUCCAUUUUGACUACCCACGCCUCUCCCAGGGCUUUUUGCUCGACUACUUCCUCAUGUCCCUGCUCUGUAGCAAGCUGUGGGACCUGCUGUACAAGCUUCGUUUUGUGCUGACCUACAUUGCACCCUGGCAGAUCACCUGGGGCUCGGCUUUCCAUGCCUUUGCCCAGCCCUUUGCUGUGCCACACUCAGCCAUGCUGUUUGUCCAGGCCCUGCUCUCAGGGCUCUUCUCCACACCUCUCAACCCCCUGCUCGGCAGUGCUGUCUUCAUCAUGUCCUACGCAAGGCCUCUCAAGUUCUGGGAACGUGACUACAACACUAAGCGUGUGGAUCAUUCCAACACCCGCCUGGUCACACAGCUGGACCGGAAUCCGGGUGCCGAUGACAACAACCUCAACUCCAUUUUCUAUGAGCACUUGACACGCUCGCUGCAGCACACACUGUGUGGGGACCUGGUGCUGGGCCGCUGGGGCAACUAUGGCCCUGGUGACUGCUUCGUCCUAGCCUCUGACUACCUCAACGCUCUGGUGCACCUCAUCGAGGUUGGCAAUGGCCUCGUCACCUUUCAGCUGCGUGGCCUUGAGUUCCGGGGCACAUACUGCCAGCAGCGUGAGGUGGAGGCUAUCACUGAGGGUGUGGAGGAGGAUGAGGGUUGUUGUUGCUGUGAGCCUGGCCACCUGCCACGGGUUCUGUCCUUCAAUGCCGCUUUCGGGCAGCGCUGGUUGGCCUGGGAGGUGACGGCUAGCAAGUAUGUGUUGGAGGGCUACAGCAUUAGUGACAACAACGCUGCCUCCAUGCUGCAGGUCUUCGACCUCCGCAAGAUCCUCAUCACCUACUACGUCAAGAGCAUCAUCUACUAUGUGAGCCGCUCACCAAAGCUGGAGGCGUGGUUGAGCCACGAGGGCAUUGCAGCUGCCCUGAGACCCGUGCGGGCCCCUGGCUAUGCUGACUCAGACCCUACCUUCUCACUGAGUGUGGAUGAGGACUAUGACCUUCGCCUCUCUGGUCUCUCACUGCCCUCCUUCUGUGCAGUGCACCUCGAGUGGAUCCAGUACUGUGCCUCCCGGCGCAGCCAGCCUGUGGACCAGGAUUGGAAUUCGCCGUUGGUCACGCUGUGUUUUGGCCUGUGUGUGCUGGGCCGCCGGGCCCUGGGGACAGCUUCACACAGCAUGUCUGCCAGUCUGGAGCCCUUCCUCUAUGGAUUGCAUGCCCUGUUCAAGGGGGACUUUCGCAUCACUUCCCCACGGGACGAGUGGGUUUUUGCUGACAUGGACCUGCUUCACCGUGUCGUGGCGCCUGGGGUUCGCAUGGCCCUCAAACUUCACCAGGACCACUUUACAUCCCCAGAUGAAUAUGAGGAGCCAACAGCCCUGUAUGAUGCCAUUGCAGCCAAUGAGGAGCGGCUGGUCAUCUCGCAUGAGGGUGACCCAGCGUGGCGCAGUGCCAUCCUCAGCAACACGCCCUCCCUGCUGGCACUGCGCCAUGUCAUGGAUGACGCCUCCGAUGAGUAUAAGAUCAUCAUGCUCAACCGGCGCCACCUCAGCUUCCGAGUCAUCAAGGUGAACCGUGAAUGUGUGCGCGGCCUGUGGGCUGGACAGCAGCAGGAGCUGGUGUUCCUGCGCAACCGCAACCCUGAGCGCGGCAGCAUCCAGAAUGCUAAGCAGGCACUUCGCAACAUGAUCAAUUCCUCCUGUGACCAGCCACUGGGCUACCCCAUCUACGUGUCUCCCCUCACCACCUCACUGGCUGGCAGUCACCCCCAGCUGCGGGCACUGUGGGGUGGCCCCAUCAGCCUGGGUGCCAUUGCCCGCUGGCUCCUACGCAGUUGGGAGAGGCUUCAUAAGGGCUGUGGUGCUGGCUGCAAUAGUGGUGGGAACGUGGAUGACUCAGACUGUGGUGGGGGAGGUGGCCUGACCUCCCUCAGCAAUAACGCCCCCUUGGCACACCCCACACCUGAGAACACAGCAGGCAGUGGCGACCAACCCCUCCCACUAGGCCCUGGCUGGGGGCCGCGGCCCUCCCUGAGCAGCUCUGGUGAUGGGCGGCCCCCUGCUCUGCUGCAGUGGCCACCCCCUCGGCUGCCUGGGCCACCCCCUGCCUCACCUGCCUCCACCGAGGGUGCCCGGCCCUCACGGCCCCCUGGCCCUGGUCUCCUCUGUUCUGAGGGUCCCAGUGGGAAGUGGAGCCUUGGGGGUCGGAAAGGGCUGGGAGGAUUCGAUGGGGAGCCAGCCUCAGGGAGCCCUAAAGGAGGCACCCCUAAAUCUCAGGCGCCUCUAGACCUCAGUCUCAGCCUCAGCUUCAGCCUCAGCCCAGACAUCAGCACUGAUGCCUCACCUCCUAGAGCAGCCCAGGACAUUCCUUGCUUGGACAGCAGUGCCCCUGAAAGUGGCACACCUACUGGGGCUGCGGGCGACUGGCCUGCCCCUGCUGAGGAGCGUGAGAGCCCAGCAGCCCAGCCGUUGCUAGAGCACCAGUACUGACUAGCCUGGCACCUGCUGGACCUCAUCCCAGGACUUCAGCAAUUUGGAUUCCCUGUGCUGCCUCUGGCUGCCUAUGCUGGACCACAGAACUGAGUGGCUUUGGCUCUCGUGUCUGAACCUUGACCUUUGGCUGCUUCAGCCAGAGUACCAGAACUAAAUGGCGCAGACCUCUGACCUUGACCCCUGGUCUCUCUCUUCCCUAGUCCAGCCAGGAUCUGGGCUUCCCAAACCGAGGCAGUCAGCCUCCCAGCCUGGCCCUAAUAUCCGAACCAUGGGCUGGUCCCACUUUGAGCCUGUGGCCAGGAACAACUCAGCCCCUGGGUCUGCAGGGUUGGCCCCUUUGGCCUGGACUGGGACCUUAAGUGUGGGAAGGGUGGUCUUUUUUUUUUUUUUUUUUUCUUUUUUUUUUUUUUUCGUGCUUCAGAGACACCAGAAUUAAUAACACUAUUUUUGAUUUUGGUUGGCAGUUUCUUCUUCAGGGUGGGGAGAAUGGAUACAGGGUGGAGGUGGCCAAGUCAGGGAACAUGAGCACAGAAAGGAGGGGUGAAGAUAGCAGGGCUGGGGUAUGGUAGAGACCAAAGGUCAGACCAAGGUGGAAUUCAGGUUAAGACUGGGUCUUCCUCCCCACAAGGCUAUUUCCUUUCCUAGCCUAAAUGCGAAGGUGAUUGUGUUUCAUUUCCCACCCCUGUAUGUUCAACGACUUCCAGCUCUAGUUGCUCCUGCUUUUAACAGCCUUGAUCUUGGCUAAAGCCAUUUUUGGGGGGGCGGUGGGGACUGUGUCACCCUUGGUAGAGUGCCAUGGCGUCUCAGCAACCUCAAACUCUUGUGCUUAAGCGAUUCUCUUGCCUCAGCCUCCCAGGUAGCUGGGACUACAGGUGCCUGCCACAAUGCCCGGCGACUUUUUGGUUCCUGCUGUUUAGCAGGGCCAGGUCGGGUUCGAACCUGCCAGCCCUGGUGUAUGUGGCUGAGGCCGUAACCACUGAGCUACUGGCACCGAACCUAAAGCCUUUAUCUGAGUCUCAGUUGCUUCAAGUCAUAAAGCGAUAACACCUAAGGUGUUUUGUUGAGAAUAAAUAAG